UCUUUCAAGUUUCAACUUUAUAUGUGAUGUAGGUUGUUCUCUGAAAGUAACGCCUUCCUCUAACGCCAUGAAAGAAAGAACCCCUCUUCACUGUAAUCAGUAGAGUUUCCAUCACAGAGUAAAUUCAGUCCUUCCAACUUCUAGAAAAGAUUCGAUCUUCUAUGUAACGCCUCCCUAUCUAACGCCUCAAUAUAACCCCUCUUUACUGUAAUCAGUAAAGAUUACAUCUGAGAUUCGAUCCAAUCAUUCCAACUUCUACAAAAGAUCCAAUCUUCUCUGUCUAUUAAUUCCAGUAUUUCAAUCACAUCUCAAAGUCGGUCGAAAUUCCCCUUCAACCAAUUUCACAAUCUCUGAAAUCAGUUACGGUUCUAGGUUUGCCCUAAUAAUUAGAUUUCCCUUUGGAUUGAUUUAUUAUUGAAAUUACACCAAAAUAAACGCACGACAUGGAAUUAAUUGCCUGCUGCAUCUAUAAAUUGUCUCCGAAAAUCACAGGGAAGCAUCAGUCUCACCGGUUCAACAUCUUCCCAGACAAAGAGAGAAAUGGCAUCACAGGUUACCUGCAAUAUUCAGAAGGUUGGACCCUCAUCCACACAGGACACACUCAAGAGUUUAUGAUUGCUUGACGAAGGAAAAACAAACAUCGUUACCAUCCGUGUUACCCGGAAAUGGGAAGAGUUAGACUUCAUGUCGACCAACGACGUUACCAGCGUUGAUAUGGUUAUUGUUAACGAGCAGAAACUACACUUGACCACUGCUAAACCGAAGUUCCGUCUUGCGCACAAUGAGAAGCGGGCCUUCUUAUGGAGCACCACCUCCAUCACUGCUUUGGAUGCCUAUUUCAUGUCCAUUAUUCCCCAGAAAUUCUGUCUCACUGAGUUUGAGGACAUAGAAUCGACCCUCCAAAACAUACAUCUUACAGAUGUGGUGGGUUUCUUAAAAACAGUCACCAACAUCCAGGUGCUUCAAAGGUCCGGUGGGCAAUCAAGCCGAAUGCGCGAGAUCACAAUUGAAAAUCUCAGGGGCACAACUAUGAAAAUUGCUCGAUGGGGUUCUGCCGCCAACCAAGUAGGGAAUGACCCAACUGAUUGCGACUCCAUCCCCCAUCCUGUGUUGGUUGUCGUGCGCUCCACUUUUGUUAAGAACUACCAAGGGCGAAUCACCCUAUCUUCGACCAAUGCCACCAAAGUCUACACGGAUGCAGACAUACCCGAAGUCAUUGAAAUGCGAGAAAGGUGCCCCUAUGCUAGACCACCCCGCCAUAUCACAGUACCGACUAAGAAAGGAAAAUUACCUAUACAUUUCAAUCCUGACAACAGGAAAACAAUAUCGCAGCUUCUCACUGCCAAAUGGGAUCCUUCUUGCCAGGCCGCUAAUGUCUGUCCUCAUAUGUAACGCCACUGCCACCCAUGUGUUGAUUGAAAAUGGUUGGCACUAUCUUGCCUGCCAUCGAUGUAGCAAGAAGGUUAUGGGUGAUGAUGGAGACCUUUGGUGCACUAAAUGUGAAGCCAAGGUUGAAAUUCACAUUGCAAGGUUCAUGGUCUGCUUUGAGGUAGAGCACCACACUGGCACCACAGUCUUUGUAGCUCUGGAUAGUGAAGUCUAAAAAAUGGUCUGUUCUACCGCAGCUGAGCUCAUAGGAGCGUCAGAGGAUAAUGCAAAAUCUGCGGUAAUAUCUGGAUUCUCGCAGAUACUCCAGCGAGUUGUUGAUUUCCAAAUCACUAUCAAUUCCUUCAACAUGAAACAAAAAACACCAACCAGCUUCACCGUCACCCGAAUUAACCUCACCAACCAGCCUGGCCAAGGUAUUUUUGCGACUGUGAAAGUUGAAUGGUUUCAAAUACUGUUGAUGGACCGCACGUAAAGAAACCUCGCCUUGACGAAACAACUGGAAUGAAGGAUAAUAAGGAUGAAGCUGCUGAAUGAAUUGGGCCUUGCUACCGGAAUAUAAUUGAAUAAAAUAUUACAUGAACCUUUAUUCAGUAUUGUUAUUUGUUUUCUGUUUUCUUUGUUUGAACUACAUGUUUCGCAGUUUACUUACAGUCUUGAUAAUAGUAAUGCUCUAUUAUCAGGUUCCCUAUUUAAACACUAGGUCUUUUGUUAAAAAACUUUCAGAUCCUUAAGGUCGUGUUUGGCCCCUUGGAAAUGCCUAUCCUAGGUUGGGUUAUCAAGAAAAUACAUUUAAAUUAUGUU